AUGUUGACCGACAUGAGCCCAUCGGCCGGGGCUCAGUUCUACAGCACCCAGAUACCGGCCAUGGGCAUGAACAUCACGAACAUUGCCACCCACAUGCAGAAACCAUCGGAACAUCCGGGAUUGCGGGGUACUCCGCUAGCGAUGCUGGCGGCACAGUGCAACAAACUGUCCAGCAAGUCACCACCACCGCUGGCGGAUGCGGCCGUCGGUAAAGGGUUUCACCCAUGGAAGAAGAGCCCAAUCUCGUCCGGGCCCCACUCACCCUCGAACACACAGUCGGUCGGGCUGGGCGGUGGCAACGGGUCCGGUUCAGGUGUCAGUAGUGGUGGUGGUGGAGGCGGUGGAGGACUGGGAGGAAAUUCUGUACUACAGUCAUCGCUCGGGCGGCUUUCGUCAUCCGGCAGCUCGUCCACUAUAAGCCCAAUGGCGAAUCUCACCACCAGUGAUCUGUACUUUUCCGGUGCAUCGGGAUCGCCGGGUGGGUGCGGUGCGGAUAACGCCCAUCACACCCUACAGCACGCACUAGGGGCGGCGGCGGCAGGCAAGGUCGGUGGCGACGGGGGUGGACCGGGGCAGGCAAGCUCAACGGCGGCUGCGGCCGCCGCUGCCGCUGCGCAGCUCGGGUCCGUCUACGGUCGCCACCCGUACGACUGGCAUCCGUUCAACGCGGUCGGCAAGCCGGACGCGAACGGGCUGGGCGGCAACGGGGGCCACGGGACGCCAACCGGCUGGUGGGACAUGCACGGGGCGGCCGGUAGCUGGCUCGAUAUCGGUACGAGCGCCGCCGCCGGUAUGCACGCGGCAACGAUGGCAAACUAUGCCGCGUCGGCGGCGGCCGCCUCGGUGAGCGGCUCCGAGCAUUACGCCUCCACCCUGACGCACGCGUCGCUCACCAACACCGCACACCUGCUCGGCUCCGGCCAGCAUCUGCUGCAGGAUAGUUGCUACAAGAGCAUGCUUCAGCCGGGCGGCGUCGGCGUGAGCGUCGGCCAGUCGGGCGCCGGCGUCGGCGUGGGUGGGUUCGGGCUGGGUCCGCAUGCGGGAGGUUCGCCGGCACCGCCACCGAGCGCCCCGCAGGCACCGUCGCCGCGCAGUCAGCGGCGCUACUCCGGCCGGGCGACCUGCGACUGUCCGAACUGUCAGGAGGCCGAGCGGCUCGGGCCGGCCGGCGUGCACCUGCGCAAGAAGAACAUCCACAGCUGCCACAUACCCGGUUGCGGCAAAGUGUACGGGAAGACGAGCCACCUGAAGGCGCACCUCCGGUGGCAUACCGGCGAGCGGCCGUUCGUCUGCAACUGGCUGUUCUGCGGCAAGCGCUUCACGCGCUCCGACGAGCUGCAGCGGCAUCUGCGCACGCACACAGCCAAACACGUCAAAACCCACAACGGCGGUGCCAGCGGUGCGGGCGGUAGCGGCGGCGGCGGUGGUGGCGGUGGUGGCGGUGGUGGCGGCGGCAGUGGUGGUGGUGGUGGUGGAGGUGGAAGUGCUGGAGCAGGAUCUGGAGCUGGAAGUGGCGGAGGUGGUGGCAGCGGUACUGGUGGAGGAGCGGGAGGCAACAGCGCGUCCGGGCCGAAUGCCAGCAGUGGCAAUGGUGCUACUACUGGUAGCAGUGGCUCUAGUGCGACCAGUGGCAAUAGCUCAACCGGCGCGAACGGUGGAGGAGGAGGCAGCGGCGGCGGUGGUGGUGGUGGUGGUAACGAAGGCACCAAGAAAGGGACUACCUCACAAGCGCAGCAACCGAUGGACGCACACUGCAGCGACUCGGAGGAGGGCGGAGUGACAGGUGGGUCGGUGACAGAUCACCUGCACGGUGGUCCACUCGGAGGGCUGUCGGCGCCCCACGGUGUGAUGGGUGGUGGGCCGCCCGGUAUGCUGGGUGGCGCGUCUUGCCAUUCGAUGGGGUCUCCGGGACUAUCCCACCCGCAGCAGCAGCAGCACCAUCAGCAGCAGCCAGGCGCCGGCACGCAUCACCAUCACCCGCAUUCGCAUCAUCCGCAUCACUCACAUCAUCAUCAUCAGCAGCAGCAACAGCAGCAACAUCAUCACCAUCAUCAUCAGCAGCAGCAGCACCACGCGCACACACCCAGUCCGGGUUUGGAGCACGUCAACCAGCAGCAGAUGGAUGUGAAGCCGGGCAUUGUUUGAGGCACGGUGCAGGCCGACCUGCUCGCACUGUUCGGGCAGCGCACCGACAUCGUUAGAGCAGCAGAUUGGAUCUAAUCGUUUGACUCGCAUACACCGAGAUCAGUGACGCGCGUCCAAAAUUCGCAAGUAUAUAGACUAGGCACUUGGACGAUUCCCAAUCCAAUCUCGAUCCGUCAACGCGACCGUAUACACAGGAGACCCCGUAUACUACUCGCGACCUAGCUUAAUGUCUAUAGGCAAUAGUGCUAUUUUCUUCUUCCUUCUACUUAGAACAUCUUACCGCCUGGACGCAUCGGAUCUAGUAUGUGAAGCGUAUAGCGCAGCGAAAGAAGGUGAAGAAACUUACGUCCACAAAAGUGAAGACAUAAAAUAUGAACCAUAAAUAUGUUUAUCUAACUUAAACACAAACUCACACACACAUACACAUAAAUUGUUAUUUUAUCCUCGUAAUUGUAACUCGCUUUUUCUUAUAUCGUUUCGUUUCGUCGUGGCACAACACCGAAUUAUAAGAUGAAGCAGCUAAAAGAUAAACUAAACUAAAAAGAUCCAAAAUAAACGUCAAAGUUUGGACCUACCAUCGCGCACUCGCUAGUGAGCGCGCGCGCGUGUAUGUGUGUUGUAAGGGUAUCAGUGACAGGGUAGCGUUAGUAACUGUACAGCUAUUGGUACGUAGUGGUACACUCCACGCGUGACCACCAACAUCCUGGAUGUUUAGUGCAGGGUUUGUUGCGAUAAAUCGUUAUGUUUCUAGACCAUACCGGAACAAAGUAAGCUCCGAAACAAUGUAUCGAAUACACUGUUGAGCGUGUACACGUAAAACUUAAGCAGGCGAAGGGAUAUAUUACAUAUUGUAUGCUAAAAAAAAACAUUACAAAACAA